AUGCGCUUGCUCUGUGUGUGGGAAGUUCAACCUCUGAAGCACGAGGGUGUUCACACUGGGGAGAGGCCAUUCACCUAUUCCGUGUGUGACAAGAGAGUUUCUGAAUCCUCCCAAUACACUAAACACAAACACGUUCGCUCUGAGAAGAGAACUUUUAAAUGUUCUGAACAUGAGAAGACCUUUAAAAGAAGCAAUGACCUGCUGAUACACCAGCGCAUUCACACUGGGGAGAGGCCGUUCUUCUGCACUGAGUGUGCGAAGAGAUUCACUCGGUCAUCUAAUCUGGUGGAGCACCAGCGCACUCACACUGGUGAGAGGCUGUUCCUCUGCUCCGACUGUGGGAAGAGAUUUGCUCAUUCAUCUGAUCUGGUGAAACACCAGAGAAUUCACACUGGGGAGAAACCGUUCACCUGCUUUGAGUGUGGGAAGACAUUUACUCGCUCAUCCCACCUGCCGACACAUCAGCGGGUUCAUACAGGGGAGAGACCACUCACCUGCUCCGAGUAUGGGAAAGGAUUCACUCAGUCAGCCAACCUGUGGAUGCACCAACGAGUUCACACUAGGGAGAGACCGUUUCUCUGCUCUGAGUGUGGGAAGGUAUUCAGCCGGUUAGCCAACCUGUUGAGACACCAGCGAGUUCACACUGAGGAGAGACCUUUUAAAUGCUCUGACUGCGGGAAUGGGUUCAGGAAAUCAUCUCAACUCACUUUACACCAGCGAAUUCACACUGGGGAGAGGCCAUACACCUGCUCUGAGUGUGGGAAGGGAUUUACUUGUUUCAACUUAUUGUCCAACCUGGAGAGACACAAGGACACCCACACCAUGGAGAAACCAUGGAAAUGUGCGGACUGUGGGAAAAGAUUCAAUUCAUCAUCCCAACUGAAAAUCCAUCGACGCAUUCAUACUGGGGAGAAGCCAUUCAGCUGUUCCGUGUGUGGGAAGGGAUUUACCAAGACAACCUACCUGAUGUUACACCAGAGAAUUCACACUGAGGAGAGGCCCUUCAGCUGCACUUAUUGUGGGAAGAGGUUCAAUUGUUCAUCCACCCUUGCAACACACCAGCGAAUUCACACUGGGCAGAAGCCGUUCAUCUGCUCCGUGUGUAGGGAGGGAUUCACUCGGUCUUCCGGCCUUUGGACACACCAGCGAGUUCACACUGAGGACAAGCCAUUCAGCUGCACUUACUGCGGAAAGAUUUUUGGGCAGUCAUCCACCCUCACUGCGCACCAGCGUACUCACACUGGGGAGAGACCAUUCACCUGCUCCCUGUGUGGGAAGGGAUUUGUUCAGUUAUUCACCCUCCAGUCACACCACUGA